UUAUGAUAAGGUUUUUCGGAUUAGGAUAUUUUUCUUAGAAACGAGUAAAAAAAUUCGAAACAGUCGUGACUACGGUGCACUAUAUAUCCACGAAAAAAUAUAAAAAAUGUCUAGAAAAAAUGUAACUUCAUUUCCCGGUUGACCGGAAUUAUGAGCGCCUUUCGGAGCAUUGCACAACCUGUCAAGUCCACCAGAAUUAUAUGAAAUUAUGUUCUGCCUAUAAGUAAACAAAAAGUUUUGAGUAGUUCUAAUAUUUUAAAAACUGGUGCACUUGUACCUCAUUUCAUUCGACGAACCCUUCAAGAUAUUUUUCGAUUAGUAAAUGAAAAGACACUUACUGAAAAUUUUAAUAACUGUUUGACAGUUAGUUUUCAUGACAAUCAGUAUUUACAGAAGUUCGGUUAUUGGAAGAUUAUUUUACCAUACGGACGGUAUGGUUUUUACCGUACUCGGCGACUAUUCAGAUUUACCGUAUGAAUUGUAUAUCUAUUUACAGAAUUCUGUAAUGAAAAUUUGCGUAAAACUGAUCGUCCGGUAAAAACUUGCAUAAUUUUUGUAAAAUGAAAUUCAUGUACAGAAAUAUCGGUAAUUUCUAUUGAUUACCGAAAGUUUUCGUCAAAGAAAAUUACCGAACAACGGAAUUGAAUCUUAGUGUGUACACUUUGUCAUUUUUUCGCGUAUAGUUCUAAAGAUAUUCAUCACUUCCACAAAAAAAAUAAGAAGAAGAAAUAAUGUUGGUAAUGAUGGAAAAUCCACAAUUCCAUCAUUACUGAACUCGUAGACCUUACACGAUCAUUAAAAGUGCCAUUCCUUUUUAGUAAUGACACUUUUAAUGAUCGUGUAAGGGCCGCUAUUAACUACUGCAAUGUCCCGCAGUUCCGCUUUUUUUCUUCUUUUUGUUCUAUUUCUUUCCUCUCACAACCCGACCAUGAAGGACAGAUAAAUCAGUAAACAAAUGGCAUUGUACCAUCUCUGGCAUAAGCCAGAAACUCAACCGACCAACAUCGCAACCAAUCGCAACGGGUUCCAGUCCCUUGGGUUUGCUAGGGUACAGUUCCAUAUUGUCAAACUGAGUUCGAUUUGAACAGUAUUUACCAGCUUUGUUUGGUUGUUCCACUGUUCGCACAUCUGUCGCCCUGAAGGUUACCAACGGCGCUUACCACCAGCUCCUCAGAGCUCUGACAGCUCGAUGCUGCGCGACGGUUGAGCAAAGCAAAAAGCUCCAGUCAGUUCCCCACACACGGACGGUAGUCAUAAUAUAGCGCACGCAGUCGCUCGAUCAGCAUCGCGGGCUUCGGUUACAGAAAAAAAGCAAGACAAAAGCGCGGGUGGUACAUUCGAAAUGGUGCUGAAACAACGAACGGCAGCCCUGGAGCUGCAUUCACCGACGGAGGAUGUUUUGGUUAGUCCUGGCAGCGAAAGUUUACCCCCCAUGGAGACGAACUCAACGACGACAAGGGAUGACGGUCCGCAACGUGUUCAGAUGAAAAAGGAACUCGGUUUGCUGGAAGGUGUCGCCAUCAUUCUGGGGAUCAUUUUCGGUUCGGGAAUUUUCAUUUCACCAAAAGGUGUCCUACAGGAAGUCAGCUCCGUUGGGGCGUCCCUGCUGAUAUGGGUUCUGUGCGGUUUGCUGUCGAUGAUCGGUGCCCUGUGCUACGCGGAACUGGGCACGGCCAUUCCGAAGUCCGGUGGUGACUAUGCCUAUAUCUACGAGGCGUACGGUCCGCUGCCGGCGUUUCUGUAUCUGUGGGAUGCGACGGUUAUCUUUGUCCCCAGUACGAAUGCUAUCAUGGCACUGACGGUGGCGAGUUACGUGUUUCAGCCACUGUUCGCCGCCGGAUGUUCGGUUCCCACCAUUGGGCUGCAGCUGUUUGCGGCGGUCAUGAUCUGUCUUCUGACGUACAUCAAUGCCUACGACGUACGGAUUACCACCAAAAUGCAAAAUAUUUUCAUGUUCACCAAAGUGGGAGCUCUGAUUCUGGUGAUCAUCGUCGGUGUGGUGUGUAUGUCACUCGGCGGAACCGAAAACUUUGACGAUUCGUUCGAAAACACCGAAACGGAUCCGGGCAAAAUUGCAGUCGCAUUUUAUUCCGGUAUUUUUUCCUAUGCUGGAUGGAACUAUCUUAACUUCAUGACCGAAGAACUGCAAGAUCCGUACAAAAAUCUCCCCCGAGCGAUCUACAUUUCGCUUCCGUUGGUGACGUGCAUUUACGUGCUGGCUAACAUGGCUUACAUGGCGGUUUUGACACCGCAGCAGAUUCUCGCAUCCGAUGCCAUCGCUGUGACAUUCGCUCAAAAAGCCAUGGGCUGGGGUGCAUUCGUGAUGCCUAUUUUGGUGGCCAUCGCAGCCUUCGGUGGACUGUCCGUACACAUCAUGGCAUCGUCACGAAUGUGUUUCGUCGGUGCCCGGAACGGUCACAUGCCCGAGCUCCUCUCACAUAUCAACGUAAACCGUUACACACCGAUGCCGUCGUUGGCGUUUCUGUGCAUCCUCUCGCUUCUUUAUCUGUUCAUCAGUGACGUGUACGUCCUCAUCACCUACAGCAGCAUCGUGGAAUCGUUCUUCAUCAUGCUGUCGGUAAGCGCCGUGCUUUACUUUCGCUACACUCGGCCCGACAUCAACCGGCCGAUCAAGGUUCAGCUGUGGAUUCCGACACUGUUCGUCAUCAUUUGCGCCUUUCUGAUCGUAGUUCCUUGCUAUGUGGCUCCGUACGAAGUCGGCAUGGGCGUCGCCCUGACACUGGCCGGUAUUCCCGUGUACUACAUCGGGGUGGUGUGGAAAAACAAACCGGCAUCGUUCGAAAAUGCACUCCGAGCGGUUACGCAGUUCUGUCAGAAAAUGCUCCUCACUGCCAAGGAGGAAGCGGUGGUCGAGGAGUGAGCUUUUAUUUUUUUUUCCGGAACACACACACACGAGGACUGUGUAAAUACGUAGACCGGGUACGACUGUGGUAGGUGACGAGCGGAAAGAAAACGACGCGAAAAACACAAGUAAGUGCUUUUAUCUAGACUGGACAGUGACAUUCUCGUAGCCCUUUUUAGUUUUAAUUUAUUGGUUAAAUGUGUGUGUGUGUGUCUCCAAUACUCAAUCACACACACACAAACACGGAAUCUCUCGAAUCAGCAUUUACAAAGUUUGAAAGGCGUUAUUGAACAAUCAACCAGAUAUUUAAUUUUGUUAACACAAAGAAAAAAACGAAAGUCAACGAUACCAAAAGAUCUACGUGCCAAAUUUGCUAGAGUUUUAUGUUUCUGCGAUGUUCAUUCCGUCUCAUGUCGGUGUGGCUUCCAAGCCUUAAAACCAUCCUCAGAGAGUACUUAAAAGAUCAUACAUGAAAUAAAUAAAUACCGUUGCUAUCGAUUACUGAACCAAUGUUUCUUACCUGUACAGAAACGUCAGACACUCUACAAUUUCCGAUUUAUCAGUUUUACCAGUCUACUGCGAUGUGAGUGCUUGUCAACUUUCGUAACCAUAACUUUGACAUACUACAGUUGCUCAGUAACCGAUACAAAUUUGAUAUUAAUUAGGUACAAAUUGUGUUAAUUUUUGUCCAAAAAUAAUUACCAAACUAAACAAGCUUUCCACAUCUACGCAGUAACCGCCUCUAACUCGUAAACCACGAUGCAACUGAAAAUCUCAAAAUCGCUCUACUUACAGAAAAAAAUCGUCUAGUAGACGAAUCUUUCUAAAAUCUCGAUUAACCCAAAUACUUGAUCGCAAACGUAAGAUACACACACUCACAUUAGAAACUCAUUAGUCACUUGUUAGUUAGGUUAAUCGCACUGUUUUUUUUGUUCUUGUUUCACCACGAUUCAAAAAUUUUUAACUUAAUUAUAAACAUCACAAGAAUCGCAUUACAUCCAGGUUAGUUACGGUAAGUGAAAGUUCGUGAAGGUUGAGUAAGAUUGUUUUUUUGUGUUUCUUCUGACAAACCAACAGAACCAGUUUGAGAAGUAAUAAUGAAUGAAAUAUUUAUAAAAUAAAAAAACAAAUCGACUAAUAUAUUAGGACCGGCAACAAAUACUGUAGAAACGAUAAGACAACGUAAUAAAGAUAUUAGAUAAGCUUCUGAAGCAGCUACUGAAAACUGA